GAAAGUUCAAUUUGACGUAUCCAUAAGAUUGGCGGCAAUUGUUACUAAAAUUCUAUAUCAUUCUUUUAUAUAAAUAUAUUUAUUCAAUUCUUUAUAUAAAUAUGCUAAGAAUCAAAGAUUAGAGGAGUUUGUGCUAAAACCAUACAAAUAGUUAUUAAAAUUGUUUAUACAGAAUAAAGUUAUUAUAUCUAAAGGUUUUUGUCGAUUUACAUAAUGAAUAUUUUAUAUUUUCUUCUCUUAAUUGUUUUAAUAGAAGCUCGAGGGAAUAACUGGGUCGAUCCUCAUGAAAUGAAAAUUAAUGUAAAAAGUUCGCUAAAAAGGUCUCAAAGUGAAAAUGAUAAAAGUUCGAAUAUACUAAAAGAGCCGGUGUACUACCGUGAGCCUUCAGUGGAUGAAAAUAUGCCACUUAUUUAUUUGAAAAGAACAGUUAAGCUAAUUUUACAGGCUGCCGAUAGAUCAAGUGAUAAUUCCAAUGAAUAUACUGGAACUUAUAAAUAUGAUCUAGACAGUGAGGAGUACAAAUUUUUAAUAAAUUUCGCUGAUAAUAAAAUCACAAAUAACGAAGACAUUCGAAAAUUGGAUACAGUAUUAAGUAUGAUAUUCUCAACAUCAUACAAGAAUAACAUUUUAAAUUUUGGUAUAGGCAUAAAAGACCAACUUUUAAACUAUACCUCUUUAAUUUUUUUUGGAAUAGCUAUUUGUUUCUACACAGUAUAUAAACUCUUGAAAAAUAAUUCAGGAUUUUGGUCUAUAAUUUCAUAUUUAAUUUUUCUCUUAUUAAUAGUCGAUUAUGGAUACCGUUAUAGAUUCAUGUAUGAGGAAAUGGAAGAGCACAAUAUGAAAGUGAUAUAUACUACUGCAUGCGAUAGUACCAAAAUGAACUGGAGCCAGUACUUUCAAUUUCUCCUCAAAAAGAACGACUGUGAAAAAAGAAUGGUUACUCCUCUGGAUGUAGGACUGAACCAGUUAAAGCAUAUCAUUAUUAUACCAUUGGAGUCAUUUGGUACUGGCAUGGGGAAGUUUAGCAAAGAAUUAUGGGAAACACUCCCCUUUCCAUGGAAUUUCUUCAUAUUUCCAAUAAUAUUGGUUUUGAUCAUAGGCAUAAUCUUUAUAUUUAUGUUAACAUCGAAAAAUACACUUAAACUGAAGUUGUGUCAUCUGUUUCAUUUCGAAGCAGCGGAUGGAAAUAGAGUCAGUGGUGAAAUCCUGGAAAAACUUUUAGAUGCUGCUAUUCAUAAAAGGGUAGAAGAUAUAAGAUCAUUUCCUGUAAAAAGGGAACCCAAAAUUGUUGAAUAUAAAAAUGACAAUAGCAAAGAAUAUGUCAUAAAUGGAACCAAGGAAGAAAGUGUGAGUGAAAGCACUGAUAAUGCUAAUGAAAACAAAAUAGAAAACACAUCAACAAAUGUGUCUGUAGAAGACAAAAAGGAAAAAUAGAUUUAUAUAUAUAUGUAUAUAUAAAUAUAUAUAUAUAUAUAUAUAUAUAUAUAUAUAUAUAUAUAUAUAUAUAUAAGAUAAGAUAUAAGAAAACUUAAAAAUAAAAUAAUUUUUUAGUAUAUUUUCAAUUGCUUUUUAUAUAUAAGAAUUGUAAUGUUAGAAUCUUCUCACAACAUGUAAACAUAUCACACUCUUAUUUCAAUAGUGUCAUAAACUCAUUAAUGCUAAUUUUACAGGGAAGCCAAAACAACAACGAUUGAAAAUGAAAUGUUUUCUGCAUCAGUUAAUUCGGUACUUACGCAUACCAAAUAUCUUUAUGAUGAAAAAUCUACAGUUUUAAAUUUUUUUUAAUAAUAUGUUAAUUUUAUUUACGAAACGAAAUAUGACUUUAUUAGAAUUUUACUUUCAUGUAAGAAAAUAAUAAGAAUAUAUUAAACCAAAAAAAUGUGUCAAUUAAAACUCGCCCACAAAAGCUGUGUUUAAACAUAAGUCAAUCUCUGUUUAACCGUUUAAUGUAAGAAAGAACAACAUAAAAAAAACAAAAUAAUAUUGAGCAAUUUGGAACGAGAAUUUUUAAUUAAAAUUAGUUUCUUAAAUCUAGCAUAGCUGGAUAAAUAGGGAGAUACGACUUGAGAAUUACACUGCUUCUUUCAUUUUGUUUGCGUCAAUCUUUGGCUUAGUUGUGUAGAUUGGGAUCAGAACAAACUUAGAGCCAUUUUUUCAUCUUUUUCUUGUUACCAUCUCUUGAAAAUCUUCACUAUCUUAAGAGGUUUUCACUUAAAAGGAAAACUAUCGUAUCUCACGACUUGUGUUCAAUUUAUGUCUGUGUCAAAGUUGUUGCCGAUCUGCGUUUGAAUGUUUUUUAUGUUAUAAAAAUCAGUGUGGAACAAUUCUAGUACAUCCUAGGUACCUCCUGUCUUUUUUAGCUGUUCCUAUUUCCACCAAAUGGCUUAAGGCGGACAAAAUCAAAAUAAUUUGGAUAGACUAAUUUCAUACCGUUUGGCAGAUUGCCAGGAAAACACGAAUUCUUCAAAUUUUGGUUGUGCCACAAGCUGUGAGAAAUUUAAUGCCUUUAGGUCUUGAAACCUGUCGUUAAUUUGUACAAUCUAACCUCAAAAAAUAACUUUUGAUAUGAAACUUUUAAUUCAUCGUCUUUGUGAUUCCUACGCUGGUUUCGCCCUACAGUCUCUACUUUUCUAUUUUCACAUGAAUAUUUCCUCAAAUGCUCAAUAAAGUUACACCUGGUGUUGUUUAAAAAAGAUUUUUGGAUUGUAUCUACCUUGCUGGUAUUUCUGUUUGCUUAUUUUGUAGUACAUUAAAGGCAAUUUAUGAGGAAAUACUUGAAAAAACAGUCUCCAAAAAAAUAAACUCAAGAUCUUUUAAUGCUAUGUUAAUGUUAAUAUCCUACAGAAUCGCGUAAUGUUAUUUGAUCCCAAUUGUUUACAUCAUCAUUAAAAAUAUGUUCAAAUAAACUUAUUAAAUCUUCGUAAUGUUCAAAUACGGUUUCCACUUAACGAGCAGAGUAACUCCAACGAGUUGAAGCAUCUUUAGGCAGUCGUUUUUAACCACAGUAUCCAACAAAGUGGUUUGAUUAGUUGACGUACUAAACAUACUAUAAGUCCAUUUAGUGUAGAAAAAAAUAUUUUACAUUGCUUGAUAUAUGAAACCGACUGAGACAACACCAAAUUGAGUCUAUGACUGUAACAAUGUAUGAAAAGAGCUUCUGUACUCCGUUAAGAUGUUUUGACAUAAAGAAUGCCCCAUCAUAUGUUUGCGCAAUCAGUUUUUCCAAAUAGCCAGACUCUUCUAGAAUAUCCACUGCUAAUUUUGUUAUGGAAUUUGCUGUUCUAUCAGCGCUAACUUCGAAAAAUCCAAUAAAAGUCUCGGAACAGUGACUGGAACGUUUCUACCGAAAACGUCUGACAGCUGAGACAAAUUAGAUACAUCGGAUGACACAUCCAUUGAAAUCGUAACAAAAGUUGCUUCCUUAAUUUGAUUUCUUAUUUCAUUUGGAAUAGUAUCUCCAAUGCACUUAGGUCGGUUUGAAUGUUACUAGACAAACCCAUAAAGACUGUUGCACUUUCCAAGUCAUUGUAUAACUUCGUUAAAUUCAGCAAAAUUGUGUUAAGCAUUUCUGUAUAAUUACCCCGGUUGCAUAAGCUUUCAUCGUGGCCCCGAAAUCCAAUCUUUUGCUUUCCAAGCAAAAAUAUGGUUGCAAUGAAUCGCUUUAGCAUCUCCCUAUUAUUUUUCAUCUUCUCAAUGUGUUUUGAAAUUUCUAGUUUAUGUGCUUUGCUUAGACUGGCAUUUAUGCGGGUUGAGCCAAAUGACUUUAAUUUUAACCGUAAGUAAAUGCGAUUCAGAACUUGACUUGAAUGACGUUGUACUUCAGUGUGUAAAUUCAAAUCUGAAUAUCCCUUCUUGAACGAAUUCCAGAUUGAUAUUUUGUCCGAAAACUAAAUACAUGGGCGACAUAAUUAAAUGUUCGGAUAAUGGCCGAUUUCUUAAUAGUAGUUUUCAGUCUAAUUUUGGUGUAGGUCUUCCAUCUGUAGUGAUUCGGCAUUUUCUCCCCAAAAUUCGAAGACGAAAAUGUUUGUUUUGAUAAUUUGUAAACUAUGUCUGUAUUGGCAUCAUCGUUUUGGUUCAGCUUGACGCUAUUAAAUCCUGUAGAAAUCAUCUUAUAGUAAGCAUUGGACGGAAAAAGUUAAUUUAAAUUUUUUGGGAUAUGGCACUAUUGAAAUAGGAGUGCGAUAUAUAGAAUAUUUAUUCAAUUUUUUGCUGGUGGAUUGUAUAACUUCUGUCUAUAAUCUCAUAUAAAGUUUUACCAAAA